AUGGCCACAUUAACUAAUUUGGAGCCAUUCGCUACAGGACGGUUAGUUUUUAAAACCACUCGUGGUGAUAUUCAGUUGGAGUUAUGGUGCAAAGAAGCGCCGAAAGCUUGCAGAAAUUUUUUACAGUUAUGCAUGGAAGGGUACUACGAUAAUACUAUUUUUCAUCGCGUUGUUCCAAACUUUUUGAUCCAAGGAGGAGAUCCAACCGGCACGGGAAUGGGAGGUCAAUCCAUAUACGAAGACGCGUUUCCCAUCGAGACACAUCCUAGAUUACGAUUCAUGAGACGUGGAUUAUUGGGAAUGGCGAGCGCAGAAGACGAAGGAAAUCAGUCUCAGUUUUUUAUUACGCUAGGCCCGACGCCAGAAUUAAACGGAAAGCAAACGCUUUUUGGAAGAGUUGUUGGUGAAACAAUAUACAACGUAGUGAGAAUUUCUGAAUUGGAACUCGAUGCUGACGAACGACCUCUCUACCCUCCAAAGAUUCUUUCCGCUGAAAUCAUAGAUCCCUUUUUUACGGAUCUCAAACCACGUAGUACGAAAGAAGAUCGUGAACGAUUAGCAAAGCAGUUUGCGUUAGAAGAAAAGAGAAAAGAGAAAUCUGAGCUGUUAAAAAAGGGUGUACGCAACAAAACUGUUUUGAGCUUUGGAGACGAGCUCGAUAUGCCUAUUCCUAAGAAGCCCCUUCGUAAAAAUCCAAUAGUCGAACAGAAGAAACAAAAAGAGUCAGAAGAUAAACCCGUUCAGCCUUUAUUAGAUAAUUCCAACUCAGAAGCUUCUUUUAUACCUCCCCCGAGGAUUUCCACUCAGAUUAAGUCUGAGGUACCUGCUGAAAAGCCACUUGGUCCUUCCCGUUUUGGUACUUCUGAUUCAUCCAAACCAGAUUUGCAAAAAGAAAUUUCGACCCUAAAAGCCGAAAUCAAUUCAAUGAAUAGCUCACCCGUUCCCGUACAAAAGCCAGAAGAAAAUCAAAAGAAAAGAAACGCUUUGGCAGAGGAGCUUGAGAACUAUAAAAGCUCAAAGAAGGUUUUAACAGGGAAGCGCAAAAAGUUGACAGCGAAUGAAGAUCUAACUCUUUCAAUGCUGUCAAAAUUUCAAGCAAAAAUCAAAAAUGUUGAGACUCAAGACAGCGUUACAGAGUCCCAAGAAGUAAACGUGGAGGAGCCUUGCGGAUUACAUAGUGUUCCAGGUUGUUAUUCAUGUUUCGACCGUCUUGGAGAAACUAACGCUUCGAACGAAGAAAAUGGUAACUGGUUCGCUCAUACUCUCGUUGCAAAGAGAGAUCCUGCGAACAGAACAGAGGAUUUGAGGAAACAACGAGAAGAAGAAUUCAAAGACGUUUCUACACCGGUGGAUGUCAAGAAAGAAAGAAAAACAAAAUUACGGUAA